CUUAGCGAGCGGUGAGCGGCGCGCCCUAGUCUGUGAGACGCGUACAGAAACAAACGGCUGCAGACAGAAACAGCGGACAAAAUCCCGCUAACGGAGAAAACCCUCGAGCUACCCGUCUGUCCCCGAGUCGCUAUCCAUUCCGACCGCGCAUCUAGACCCAAACAAUCGUGUGUGAUGAACGGAGACUCCGGUGCAGGGGUGGUGACGGCCCCACCGCCCACUAACCCCCCUCAUAAGGAGCGCUACUUCGACCGCGUGGACGAGAGCAGCCCGGAGUACCAGAGAGAGAGGAACAUGGCACCAGACCUGCGGCAGGACUUCAACAUGAUGGAGCAGCGCAAGAGAGUCUCCAUGAUCCUGCAGAGUCCAGCGUUCUGUGACGAGCUGGAGUCUCUGAUCCAGGAUCAGAUGAAGAAAGGGAAGACCCCCACCAGUUUACUGGCUCUGCAGCAGAUCGCUGACUUCAUGAGCACCAGUGCUCCCCCCAUGUACCCCGCGGCCCCCCAGGGAGGCAUGGCGGCCCUCAACAUGAGUUUGGGGAUGGUGACUCCAGUGAAUGAUCUGAGAGGUUCAGACUCCAUUGCUUAUGACAAAGGAGAGAAGCUCUUGCGCUGUAAACUCGCUGCGUUUUACCGCCUGACCGACCUCUUCAGCUGGUCUCAGCUCAUCUACAACCACCUGACGGUCCGGCUGAACUCUGAACAGGAGCGUUUUCUGAUUGUCCCUUUCGGGCUUCUGUACAGUGAAGUCACUGCCUCCAGUUUGGUGAAGAUUGACCUGCAGGGGGAGAUUGUGGACCGAGGCAGCACUAAUCUGGGAGUAAAUCAGGCCGGAUUCACCCUCCACUCCUCCAUCUACGCUGCCCGACCCGACGUCAAGUGCAUAGUGCACAUCCACACAGCCGCUGGCGCCGCGGUGUCUGCAAUGAAGUGUGGUCUGCUGCCCAUUUCCCCCGAGGCUCUGUCUCUGGGCGAGGUUUCAUACCACGAUUACCACGGUAUCCUGGUGGACGAGGAGGAGAGCGUCCUCAUACAGAAGAACCUGGGGCCCAAGAGCAAGGUGUUGAUUUUGAGGAAUCACGGUCUGGUGUCUGUUGGAGAAACAGUCGAAGAGGCAUUUUACUACAUUCACAACCUGGUCACAGCCUGCGAGAUUCAGGUGCGCACCCUCGCCAGUGCAGGAGGUCCUAACAACCUAAUAAUGUUGGACCCGAGCAAGUAUAAAUCCCGUCCUCGACACCUCGAGCCGCUCGGAGACGAGUCCAGCUCACACCCCAAGUGGCAGAUCGGGGAGCAGGAGUUUGAGGCUAUGAUGAGGAUGCUGGAUAAUCUGGGAUACAGGACCGGUUAUCCGUACCGCUGUCCUGCGCUGCGUGAUAAAGCAAAGAAGUACAGUGAUGUUGAGACUCCCCCUUCAGCCACAGGUUACUCGUACGCCGAGGACAGUGACUCGGGUGUGCGCUCCCCGUUAAAGCACAGCUUCCAGCGACAGCCGCGGGACAAAACUCGCUGGCUAGCCUCCGAAUCUGCAGAAGAGGGGCAGGACGGCAGCACUAGCCCCAAGGCGAAGACUAAGGUGUGGACGAACAUAACACACGAUCACGUCAAACCCUUGCUGCAGUCUCUCUCGUCCGGUGUCUGCGUGCCAAGCUGUAUUACCAACUGCUUGUGGACUAAGGAGGACAGUCUCCGACAGGCUGCUGUGGCCAAUCAGUUCGUCCCGCUGAACACCAACCCCAAAGAGGUCCAAGAGAUGCGCAACAAGAUCCGUGAGCAGAACCUGCAGGACAAGAAGACGGCAGGUCCACAGUCGCAGGUGCUCACAGGUGCCAUGGUUGACCGCUCUUAUGUCCAGGGGGAGCUAGUGACCGCGUCUAAAGCCAUCAUUGAGAAGGAGUACCAACCUCGUGUCGUGGUCAGUAAAACUGGACCGAACCCCUUCAACAAGCUCACAGACCAGGAGCUGGACGAGUAUCGCAAGGAAGUGGAGCUCAAACAGAAAGGCACAGAAGUCCUCCAGCGCCCUCCACUGGUUUGGAGAGAAACUGUUGUACUGCAUUCAGCACAGGUCGAAGGAGUCCAGACUCCAGACGUCACAUCCACACAGGACAACGAUGAUCCACAGGCCACUGCGACCCCCCCGCCCUCCACAAUCCCCAGCCGGGGGACAGAGUCGGGUCGGGACAGCCCUGUAGAUCCUCCAGGAUCCCCUCACAAGGAGUUCCACUCGGCCGUGCUGAGAGCUCUGGGCUGUGAUGUUGAGUGUGAGCCGUCUGCAGGUCAGACACCGGAGACUGAAGAGGAGAAUGUUCCCCGCUCACCUGUGCCUGUGGAGGAAGAGGCACAGCAGGAGCAGACGUUUAAAGACGAGAGUGAUGACGCCACUUUAAAACAGAACCUCCCCGAUCUGACCCCCGACGACGUCUUCGAAGACUCCGCCCUCCCUGCAGAAGACCCUGUCCCCGAGGAGACAGACCCCGCCCCUAAGUCAGAAGGGGAGGAGCCUGUUGCAGGGGACGACACAGCUGGUGAUCACGGCAGCGACGAAUCGUCCAACAAAUCCCCGUCAAAGAAGAAAAAGUUUCACACCCCGUCGUUCCUAAAGAAAAACAAAAAGAAGUCUGAAACCCAGUGAGGAAGCUUUGCU